UCCGCGGUGACGUCACGCGGAUCGGAAGUGGCUGGGUCGUCAUGUCGGAGCGAGUGGCGAGCGCUCGGCGGCGCUGAGGCGUCAGGCGAACAAUAACAACGGCGGUCGUCUCGCACAACUACCGCGAGCUUCGCCGACGACGGCGGCGGCGGUACCAAUCGCAGCCGGCAACAACGACGACCACGCACAUCAUUAAAUCACAGCCGUGGUCCGAUACCGUUUGCCUGCGAGCGAAAGAGUGGCAGUUUGGCACCUGAACACGCGAGCAUGCUUUUCUGCUUGCUCUAGCGAGCAUGGGGGCCAGUCCAUCCCACGUACACCACUCCUUCCCGCAGCGCGGCCGCAUCAACGCUCUGCACCAUCCGUCCAAUGCAGGUAUUUCUGUGCUGGCACAACACCAAGGCUUCAGCCUGGACAGCAAACGUGCCGGAGUUGGGCUCGGCGGGGGGAGUGGUGGAGGCGGCGGCAGCGGCGGUGGCAACGGAGUACCGGGAAGUGUCGGGCACGCGAUGGGCGGCGGCAGCAGCGGAGGUUUCGGGGCCGCCGCGUCGGCCGCGCUGUCGCGCCCAGGCUCCCACGAGCGCCAGCGCAGCGAGCGCAAGCGCAAGGCUGCGGCGCCCAGCUUGGCCACGCUGAAGCAGAAGCUGAGCCGGCGGCGUCGCGCAGGGCGCUCGGCCCACCAUGCCAAGCAGAUGCGAGAAUUGCUGUCCGGCUGGGCUCUGCCAGAGGUGAGUGCGUUGGUGGAGGAGUACGAGGCAGCGGCUGCACUGAAGGAGGUUGCGCAGCAGGCGAGUCUGGCACGACCUACUGCCCAUGGCCUCCGUCACCAUCUGUCUUGCCUCUACGAGUACAAGUACUGCACCGACAUGGACCUCAUCUUUCAGGACACCUGCUUCCCGGUGCACCGGGCCAUACUGGUGGCACGCUGUCCGUACUUCCGCAAUCGGUUGGCCCUGCCGGGCUCUGCGGCAGGAGGGCCGGCCGGCGCUGGCGGGGUCGGCACGCUGGGUUAUGGCGCGGAACUCACGCUGACCCUGGGGGCCGCCGGCGUAGACCUGCACGCCUUCUCCGCGCUGCUGCGCUUCCUGUACACGGGUGAAUUGGAUUCUGAGAGCGAUGGCGGCGACCCUAAUGCCGGCGGCAGUGGCUACGCGGGCAAGCAGGGAUUGCUGGCGCACGAUGGCAGCACAUUGGCCCGCCUUGGCGAGGAGUUUGGCACGCCCAACGCGCUGGCUGUCGAUCUGCUGGCGCUCCUCGACAGCGGCUGCUACUACGAUGCCGUGCUGUGCUUCUCGUCCGACAUGGAUUACACGUACACGGAGGUGUGCGGAGGCUACACGGAGCCCAUGCCCGGCGACCUGCGCUGCCACAAAGCCAUCCUGUCGGCCCGCUCGCCCUUCUUCCGCCGCCUGUUCCAGCGGCGAGCGCGCUCCGGCGAGGAGCUGACAGAGCGAGCUCUGCAGGCCCCCACGCGCAUCUUGCUGGACGAGGCGGUGCUGCCACGCCGCUACGGCCCCGCGGUGCUGCACUGCAUGUACACCGACUGCCUGGACCUGGCACUGGUGGCGCCGCCCUCCUCACCUGCCUGCGGCAGCCCGGUGUCUGUCGGUGCGCUUGGCGAGUUGCACGCCUCAGCCUGCCUGCCGUCUCGCGUCGAGGAGGCCAUGGAGCUGUACGGCAUCGCGCUCUUCCUCGAGUUUGAGGUCAUGGCUCAAGGCUGCGAGGACAUCAUCGCUGACAGUCUGAGUCUGGAGGUGCUCAUCCCAAUCCUGGGCUGGAGUGCCCAGCCACACGGCUCGCCCUGGGUUCACCGGCGCGCCCUGCAUUACCUGUGCGAGGAGUUUGGACGUGUCGCCGCCUCGCCCAUGUUGUGUGACCUCAGCCAGGACUACCUGCUGAGCGCCCUGCAGUCCGACUUUCUGCAGGCAUGUGAGCAGGACGUGUUGAAGGCUGUCAUCAAGUGGGGGGAGCACCAGCUGAUUAAGAGGAUGGAAGAUAGAGAGCCGAACGUGGUGAGCAGUACGGCGCACAGCGUGAGCAAGAAGGGGGUCAAGCGAAAGGACCUGGACUCUGAGGAGCUGCGCGACAUUCUCUCUCCGCUGCUGCCUCACGUGCGAGUCGACCUCAUGCUCCCACCGAACUGUGACGUACUGGGUGGCGCGCUGAAGCGUGGGCUCAUCAGCCGGCCGCCGUCGGACAUGCUACCCUCCGUGGACGAGAGGAAAGGGAACGCGUGGAUGAGAGGUCGGGGUGGGGGCAUCGCCGUCAAACCGCGUCUCUUCACUCCGUACGUGGAGGAGGCCAAGGCGGUGCUGGAGGAGAUGACGGACGUUCAGACGGACAAGGAGCGUCUGCGUUGGACCCGCGUGUCCAGCGUGCCGGACACGCUCUACAUGCUGGACGGCGGGGGCAUGGGCCACCAUCAGCCCCGUGCCUCCAUGGCCCACGCCAGCCCAAGGCAGCCGAGCCCCUCUGGUCUCCUGGCUGCCGUCGACAAUCAGGUGCCAGUGCCGUCCCAAGCUGUGGUGCGGGAGAUGCUGAGGCGCGUGGCCGAAGCGAGAGCCGGGCCCGUGGUGCGGCAAGCGCUGUCCCUCCCGUGUGGCGACAUCCCCGCCAUCAACCGCCACGUGCAGCUGCGUGUGCUGCGUGAGUUCGGCUUGCCCGACUCGGCCAUCGACCUCCUGCAGAACCCAUACAAGUACUUCCCGGACUCUGCGUUCGACGAGCCCGAGAGCAUGUGGGGCGCGUUCGGACACCACCAGACAAUCCACGCGCAGUAUAUCCUGCCGCAUCAGCAGCAGCAGCACGGACCGAGGCGGCAGAUCCGCAGCGCUCCGAGCUCCGAGUCGCUGUACACCGGCGACGUGGCAGACGCGCUGGCGCUCUCAAGCCUGCGCCUGGGGCUGCCCUUCCCGCCGCCCCCGCCCCCGUACCAGCCGCCGCUGUCGCGCGGCACGCAGGCGCCCUCGGUGCACGGCUCGCGGGGCCGCAGUCGCUCGCACGCAUACGGCGGCGCCGGCAAGAUGAGGGCGUCGCAGCAGGCCUACCCGGACGGCGUCUCCUGCGGCGGCUACUACGACGGCGUGGACACCGAGGGUUCGGAGAGCGGCGUGAGCGAGCCAUCGGUGCCGGACAUUGCGAUGGCAGCGUCCACGCUCAGCAGGAUGUCUCUGUCGGAGAUGGACUGGCCCGACGCCCGCCCACCCGCGCCGUCGUGCAGCAACAGCAGCAGCAGCAGCUCGGUGGCAGCGGCGGCGGCGGCGGCACCGCCGGCCGCCAAGCCCGAGCGGGGCAAGAAGCGUAGCUCGGCGCCGUCCGCAAAAGGCAAGGACAAGCAGGAGCUGUCGGGCUGCCCCGACCUCUACGACUUCUCCAGUAGCGUCGUGCACGUGUCGCUCGCGUCGGCGGAAGGUGGCGCCGCGACGCCCGCCAAGUACAGCGACCCGGCCAUGCCCGACCUGCACUCGUGCCACGGCGGCAGCCGCGGCCGAAUCGGCGCCGCGGGCGGCGGUAGUGGUGGCGGGGCGACGGCGAUGAGCCGCGCGGCGCUGUGCGUCGACUUGGCCGCCGGACACCCUGCGGCUGGCGCCACGGCAGCAGUGGCAGCCGGCGGUCUGCUCUCUUGUCGGCCGCACGGCCGCCUGGCUCAGGAGGGGGCGGCCGCGGGCGCCGUGGCGCCGACGCAGGAACCGCACUCGUCGCGGGCGUCUGCGCUUGGGCUGCCGCACUUGGAGUACGACUUGGUGCAGCACGUGGGAACGCAGGUGAACGGCGCCUCGGCCCGCCGACCCGCUGAGCCCGAGCUCAUCGAGGGCUGCCCUCUUCCCCAGCCGCAGGGCGACGCGGCGGAGGGGGGGGCCGCCGCCGCCGCGCCGCCCGAGCGGCCCGCGGACAACGCGCCUCAGAACUCGCAGUGCCAGCAGCCGCGCAUGCUGCUGCAGGACCACUUUCGCAUCGUCAUCCACGAGGGGCGGCAGAGCAGCCCGACGGAAGGCCGCGAGACGCCCAUCCGCAAGUCUGCACUCUGAUUGUCGGGGGUGGGGGAGGGGGGGCUGCCCUCGCAACCGUUUCAAUGUCCAAGCUCAACACGGAGGACGGGUGGAUUGGCCGAGCGCCGGCUGGCCCCGCACGCGAUGCCCUACGUGUCUUGGCCCGGAGUUCGUCCGUUCGGGAGGAUGCCCCUGUCUGCUAAGUCCGGGGUAUUGUGCUUCAAACAAGCUCCACAAAUAAAAAACUAAUCCCAAUGUAAAAGUUGGCAGUGUUGCUGGAAAAUAUUUCACAACUUUUUUUUCUUUGGCAUUUCUGGGAUGACUAUCGCAGUCUACGUUUUUUUUUCAAAGAGAGAAGCUGCUAAUGAAGCUGUAUUCUGAAUGGAAAUGUUUCAACCCGACUAUCAUUUUGGGCAUGCUGAACAUAGAGUAAACAUCAUAUGUGUGGGUACUAUUUUAUUGACUUUUGUGUUCAUAGCUUUCACAAAAAAGACUUUUUCUUUUUUUUAGUGCCGAUGUUUAGGGCAUCGAGCAUGCUUGUUGGGUCAAAGUAUACAAUGCAUCCGUACUUUUUAUCUUCAAACAGCAUUAUUUAGUUUUGCGUUAUUUUGUACCGUGUAUCACAAACUCAUUGACGGUCGAACCCUUCUGUUUUGUGUAUUAACCACAGGCAUAUAUUAUCCACUGUGUGGCUCUUCACAUAUUGGAAUUGACAAAUUGUGUCCGCUCACACUUUAUUGUUUUUACAAUUUUCAUUUGUUAAGCUUUUGAAUUGAGAGCUUUUCCAGCAUUUUCGACAUUGCACACAGUGCCCUGGCUGUCGCAGCCCAGCUGGCUUGGUGUGAUGCGUGUAUUAUAUACUUUAGUUUGGCAGGUUUCCAGAUUAAAAGAAGAGGAGGAAGGAUUGUUUAUUUUCUUUUUAUUUUCAUUGAAGCCGUGUUCUAUUUAACCACGUGCGUUCAUUAUAAUUAGACUGCUUUAGCGGUGUGUAUAAUACUUUUUUUCUGCAUUGCAUAUUUUGGACCGACGCAUUGGAACCCGCUUAAUAUCACUAUUUUCAUUAACUUGCACUAAAGAAAGGGAAUUGAGAUACCUAAUAUUGCUCUACUAUAUUCUGUGUUCACUUCAGGGGUUGUCCUCUUCCCUCUGUCAAACCAUUGUCACCGUAAUAUUGUGGUCACACCGGAGCAUGUGAUUGUGGUGUAACCAGCUGUUGAUGCAACGAAAUAGAACCAAAAGCAAAUUUGAUAUGGCCAGUGGAAAAUUGACCUGUUGGUUCUUGUCAACAACAUGUUGGAUGGAUGUUUUUUUCUUUUAAAGAUAUUCAUAUAUCAAGAAAAAUGGCACUCUUGUCUGUUAAUUGUUCUCUUUUUUUCAAACGAGCAAUGGGAUGGCACUCAAAUUGCACAACUGAGUCAUUCGUGAAAAUUCCUUUAUCCUAUUGCAAGCUUCAAGUCUCCGUGGGGCGACCACUCGACUCUUUAGUGAUUCUCUCUUUUUUUUGACGUCGGAGAAUUGAAGGGUGCAGCAAGCCCCAACUGAGAUUUGAACUUGCAGUCUUUCUGUUGUGAGUCAAGUGCUAUAACCACCAGUGCCCCUUAGCCAGAGCACCUGGCAUCCGUCUAAUGUAAACAUGGAGACUUUACAAUGUAGUAUAUUACCAUGUUGUAGACCUCUCCAUUGGCACAUUGGUGCGAAAUGUUUGGAAAAUGUACGAGUGACAUGAUAUAUAUUCAUUACACUGCUUAUAAAUACACUUUUAAAGAUGUUAUUCAAUAUGGACGUGGAUGUCUAUCAGAGGAUUCUUUUCCAUCACUGAUUUGCCUCGGCAACAUUAACGCUGUAAGCUGUGCUUUGCUUUUGUUCAAAUCGAGGGAGAAGUUUGACUAGAUUUUAUCCACCUGAACUUAAUCUCUCAUGGAUUACAGCAGUACAUGUGCGUGCAGAUGCAUUUCUACUUGAUAUGGCAUUUUAACUACAAUGGGCACACCGUUUUGCCCAUGACCACCUGUCAUUUGUCAUUAUCCAUAGGUGUUUGUUGACUUGGUUACGUGAAAACAAAUGUGGUGAUUUUAAGAAAAGUAUAGUGUCACUAUGGUUAAGCAAAUGCUCUUUUACCUUUAACAUUGCCAUGCACGUUCCUGGAAAGUGUGUACAAUCCCUGGGAAUGUGGUAUAUUAAGACUAAUGAACUAUAACUAAAGUGUUCAGCUUGAAGUGUGUUCUCAUCAUAAGACCCAGCUAGUGUCAUGCCGUGCAUUAUGACAAAGCAUUAUGCAUUCUAACCCAAUCAAAAUGCUUUACACUGUCGUUCCACCCGGUCUCCAGCUGUCGCCUCCCUGUGGUGCCUUUAACAAGUUAACAAGGGCAUGGUGCGAUCUUGGUUUGGCCGUUGGAACCCGUCAUAAUGCUUGUCAAUUCAAUGGUGGAAGUAGUUGCACUGUAGAUAUAUAUUUUUAAGCAGCUUUUACUGCACAAUAUUUGGGUAAACUGGACUGCAGGGACAUAAUGUAUAGGUCAUUUUAACUUGCACGCUAAUCUCUAGCAAGAAGUUAAGCAUUUCCCCACACCUCGGUACGAAGAUUCACACAGUGGGAGGCAAGGGAUGGCAGAGCGUGCAGUCAAAUGCAAUGACAUGACCCCACGAUUGCAGGGGCACCAUGAGCCACCCCUUGAAGCUUUUGCAAACAUCUCCUGUUUGAUGGCAACCCGCAGAAUUGCACACCGGAGGGUUGUACGUUAACAAUAGCAUUUUUGGACAUUUUGUACUUUGGAAAUGGCAAGGGAACCCGUUUUACACGUCAGUGUCUACUGCCAUAAUUAUGUCAGCUUAACAGUAAUUCCUUUCCAUGAAGCACGUUUUAUAGUAAUCAUUUAAAUUUUGUUAUUGGGUUCAGUUGAUUUUUUUACAAAAUCUAUACAAUACUUCAGCUUGUAAAAAAACUUCAUUUACAGUUGCAGUCAACAAAAGGGAGCUUAAGUAAUUUUGUUCGGAUGGCGUAAUGUGGACUCAUCCGACGUUUACGUCACAUGCUGGUUGUAUAUUUGAGUCCAAAUCCAGGUUGAGGCAAUGGAAUGGGUGAGGGGUGACCGCUUAAACCUAUCAACACCGCGAUCGUGCUGACCACAGAGCAAUGCAACCUGUGGAGCCACGGGCAUGGAUUAAUAUGCCGCCACCAUGGUUGGCGAACUCACGCAUUGCAAUGACAACCGUGGAGUGUUUGCAUCUUUUGACAGUUCCGCUUGAGUUUUCAUGGCCAAACCUGAACUAUGCAUGAAGGUUAGAUAGCCUCGUGGUUAUGAGAGGCAGAUUGCUAGGGUGUGAUGGUCCUGAUGCAGAAUAUGCAGAAAGUGUUGACAUUUAAGACUUGUUACGCUUUUCAUUGAGAGCCGUAAGUAACUAGUUAAGCGAGGAGCAGUUGACAUUUUCCAGUUUAUGAUUUGGGAUAUGACACAGCUAAUUCCUCUGUUGUAAUUUAUGGCAUACUUUAUAACAGAGGGACACUUUGGUAAUUCCCUAAAGAAUAUUUAUGUCAUUUGAUAAUUUUAUUCCCAUGAAGUGCAAAUGUGAUGCACCCAUCUGCGUUGAUCUAGAGUGCCUGUGUUUAAUGUAAAUAUUUUAGCAAAUAAUUUAAAUUGCAUAACCUACAUUUUAAAGGAUGACUUGUUAAAAUAAGUCCUAAUGAAAAAAGCACCUCUUUAACAAUUUAGUUAAAUGUGAAAUAAGCCCAAAUUGGCAGCGCAUUCAUUGUAUGUUGAGCCUAUAGAUAGGAUAGAUGGUCAUCAUUUAAAUCCCACCACGCCAGGGAUAAUCAAGCCACUCAAAUGUGUGAACCAAGAUUUGUUAAUAGAUCUCUGACACAUUGUGAUAUUCAGGCUUUCUUGUGUGCUCUCAAGCGUGCGUGCACAUCAUAGGCUUGCAUGUGUACACACGUUGAAAUACAUUCAAUGUAUUUACGCAUGCUCACUCGUGUUGCAUGUUAGUUGGUGUCUUUGUGCUGGGGUUUGUGUGUAAGUGCGUGCAAACGGUUGGAUUCUUUCAAAUCUGUUUAUAGUCAUUUGCGUCUAUAUAUAUGUUAGUUUGUCUCUGUUAUGCGCUUACGUUUUCUUGAUCGUAUGUGGUUUGCUGAUCAAUAGGUAAAUGGCCACACGUUUUGUUCCAUGUAGUCCCAUUUCAUUGAGAAUUCAGGAAUUUGUAAACAAUAUAUAUUAAGGGACCUUUCCAAAUUGAGCUAAACUGCCACAAGUUAAUAUUUAUUAAGUCAAUGAUACCAUGUCUUGUCACAUGUUUUCAAUGCAGUAAGUUGAAGGCAUGGCUAUAAAAAAAAUUGGCAUGAAUAAAGGAUUUGGUCAUCAAUUUACAAAUUCACACAUGACGAUAUUAGUUUAAUAAUAUACAUUUAAACAUUUUUAUUCCCUAAGUUCAUUGUAAAUUUUAGAAUAUAAAUAUUAUUAGGUAGAACAUUUUACAAAAUUACGUAAAAAAAUAAGGUAAUGGUACAAUGAAAUACAAUUAGAUUAAUCUCAAGUUAUAUAUAUUAUAUUUAAACAGAGGAGAAAUCAAUAAUAGCUGGCAGUUGUAUUGAUGAGUGAUUUAGCAUGGCAGUUACUUUUUACCACCAAAGAAGAUGAUCGACAACAAAAGGGACUGGGUGAAAAUUAAUGUGUCCACUGAAUGGGUACUGGGUGAACUGAGGAUCAUUUAUUCCAUGAGAAUGCUGAACCGUUGUAAAUGCAGUGUUGGAAACGAGUUUGAUUAUUUCACAGUGGGUUCAAUAACCGCCGAUUAGGCGCAUGUUCAGAAUUCUGGGCAUCGAGUCAGUUGUCACAAAUUGACAUGAGGUCUCGUAGCUGCCAGUAAUUCAUUUAGGGGCUUUUGUUGACAGGCGAGGAGCUAUUAUCAGUAGAAAAAAUUCUGAAACAUUACAUCAUUUUGCAUAUGUUUGUCGUGAUGUGCUGGCUUGAUAGACCAAAUUUAAAUCCACGUGGACUUAAAUAUAAAUCAACCUGGAACUCCACGCAAAUGAAAAGAAUCCUUAAUCUGUAUAACUGAUAAAUUAUGUAUGUCUAAAGUAGUUAAAUUAAUAUCAUGACAAUACAGUUUUUUAUUUGUAUAGCAGCCAAAUUCUGUGGAAUAUUAAAAGAAUUGCGAGUAAAUCUUCAAAACAAUAUAUUUGGUUUAUAUCAGCAUGUAUUACAACGUUCUGAAUUCAUUGGUUCAUACAGUUAAUUCAUACUUUUAGAUUAAUUCAUUUUCAAAUCCUUGACUUUUGACGGACAGAAAGCCGCGACAACUGAGAUAAAUUUGUGCAACUUACGAAUUGUUAAUUUGUGCAACUUACGAAUUGUUAAUUUCAAACGUGCGGAGCGCAGCAGCGAUCGAGACCUGCAGAUCCACCGGUUUAGCUGGGCCUGUUCGCUAAUGAAGUACACGUUUACUUGAAAAACUAAAUGAUAAUAACCUGUGGUGGUCCCAUUUCAAUUAGACACAUUUGUUUGAGAUCCUGAACGUAUUGUUUCCUUCAGUUAUGACCUAAACUUCCACAUUGUACUAUAUAGUUACUAAUUGUGUAUUCAAAUGUGUUAAAUGGCAGCUUGAACCAUUAAAAGCAUAUUAGUAAAACCUAUUUAAAUAUAUAUCUUAUGAACAAUACAUAUUGAGAUUAUUAUGCUUUCAUUUAAGCCACCAUUCUCAUUUGUUUAUCAAAUGGGUGAUUACUAAUAUCCGUUUAAGUAUUCUAUUUAUAAAUUAAAAGUAUUUGGUCACAUUUCUUCAAUCAAAUAAUUGAAGUUUAGGAUGUCAUUUUGUUAUAGGUCUUCAUAGGUCUUCAUGGGUGAACCAAUCCCGACAACGCCAUGCCACGUGUAGAUGCUGUCUGGUGACCAUGCAGUGUUUACCGGUGUGUGUGUGGGUUACUGUUGACUUUGCUUUUCGCAGUGCUUAUACUGAUGGCUGUUUGGGAAAACAAAGCAAGUGUCAUUCUGAGUGUGCUGGAAACACCCAAGAAUACCCAUCCUUAAAUAUGUUUGUUGUUCGUCAUUAUUUAUGUUAUACCCAUAAGCAGUUACCAUGGGAAUGGAAUUGUGUACUAAAAGGGACUUGAUAAAAGCACACAUUUUUCGUGGAGGAUUUAAAGAUGUCUAUAUCAGCCCGUCAUUUACCCAAGCCGCCUGAACCUUAUCUAAAGCAGUGGAUUUCAACAUAAUUUCGGGACUUUGCUUUACCCCUACUGUAAAUUAAACAGCUUCUGAGUUGUGGUUUUCUCAUACUUGAUUAAGAGUAACAUCUUAAAGAGAAAACCAAUAGUCUUCGGAGCAUAAUUAUUGUUGUCUAAGCAUGUUGCAGUUGGCAGAGGUGGUUGAUGCAUGCAAGUUCUGGUGAUAUCUGGGGCUUGAAACCCACAAUCCUACCAGCAAUGAAACCUGGUUCUCAGGUGUAACAGGUCUGGCCGGUAGCCGACCAAAAACCACAUUCGAGUUGCAUUUAAUUAUGUUACGUCCGACUACGUUUACAUAUUUAGCUAAUAUUUACCGAGUGACGUGUUCUUGUUAGCACCGCGUAUAGUGAUUGAGAGCUGGACAUUAUACAUAUCAAAGUCCUGUAUCCAAAAUAGCAGAGAACGUUGAUUCACUCUCGACAAAGAGCAUGCGUGUACAAGGACAACAUACAAUUUGUGAAAAAAUGUGGUAUCGACUAAAAAAACAUCGAUUAACAAAAAUGCGUCUGCAAAUUGUCAGCAGUAAUUUGAAACCUCAUGCAGUAAAAAUCAUGGCCCAUAUGCGCUUGCACAUCCCAUUGACAGCUUUUUUUUAAAUAAUCCUCCCAGUUCAUGGGAAUAUGUGAUCUUUCCAACGUUCUGUUUUCCUUUUCACGGAGAAGCCGAGAUGAUCUGGCUUGUAUAAACACAGGACAAAUAUUGGCAGGCGUAAGUUCUCGACCACUGUCAAGGACGUCAUGUUAUAUUUAGUAGGAUAAACAAAAAAUAAACGGGGCUUUGUCCACGAUGGUGACACGUGCGUUCGUAUUAACGCGGUCGUAAUGAGAGCCAUCAGAAGCUGCUCUGCCUGUUGCAAGUAAAAUGUUUUAAUACGUAAGGGUUGUGUCAACAGUGCAUAAAUGCACCGACAAAAAUACCAAUCACGAAUACAUUAAUGACGACAAUUACUAGAAACUGGUCAACAUAUGCGUAGCAACCUCCUUAGCUUGGUGAAUGUAAGCCCAGCUUUCACGCAGGCCUCACUUCUCACGUGCUUACUAUUUGGUGGAUUGGUUCUGAUGUGAAAAACAUAUUUCACAGCUGCAAAGUAUUGAUAAUCAUAUUUCACCUACACACGUGAGAUACAGCUUAUGUAAAUAUAGAUUUUAAUGCGUCGUUCUGCCCUACCUCUGAAAAGUAGGUAUGUAGUACCGACAUUUGAGGCUAUGUAGCUGCACGGCAGCAGCAUGCAUAGCGACAUUAAUACAACGUGGUGUUUUAUUACAUUUAGCAUUCGCUUGUUCGCAUUCAUACAUCCUGGUUGAUCACUGCUAUUUUUCGUGCAGAACUAAAAACGUGGAACUUUAUCAUUUGUUCCUGAUAACACACUGUCCGUUUGAUUUGGAGACGUUUAAAUGGGGCACUAAGCUAGUGGUUGCCCUGAACUUACGCCAAGAGUUGAGUCUUGAGUAAUUUCCUGUUUAUGUCCAGUCUGGGUUCUUAAUUCAUUGCAGUUCAUGGAUCACUUGAUGAAGGGAGUCACUCUGCUUGGUUCUUAGCAAUGCAGCAAAGGCACUCUUUGAUGAUGGUAAACUUCAUCAUGAACACAUUUGCCAGUAUAUGGCAUAGGCUGUUCAUAGUAAAAACACAACUCUAUCGUGUUGAGUGUAUUACCCAGGAAAGCCUCAUUACGUCUCAAUGUAUGGACAUAGCUAAUUCUGCAGUACUCGCACCCAAAUCGACCCUCUGCUAGUCUGCUGCAACAUUGCAUUAAAAGUAUAGCACCCUUGCCUAAAAGCGAGAGUUCUUAUGAGACUACACAUGCAUAUUGUGCACUGGUAUUAAGUCAUCAAUCACAUUGACUAUUUUAUGUGUAUAACUAGGUGUAUGGAGGGACUACGUCGUUUACCAUUUAAAAUGCAUCAAUUUGGUUGUACAUAUAUAUUCAAUGACAAUUUAAAUAUUUGUUAAUGCAUUUUAUGGCGAAUGUCAGCUUUCGACCUCUCCAACCAAUUAGAAUCUUCGUCGGCUGACAUUUAAGGGAAUUUAUAUCGUGGUGAAAUACAUUUAGGAACUAUGUGGGGGGGGGGGGGUAAACCGAGUUUCCUAGUGCAACUGCAUUUCACUCUUUGCCUCUCGUUGGCACUGUAAUGUAUGCGGCCUCAAUUUACCAAAAGUGAAAGCGUCUCCUUAUUUUCUUGCUUGGCAGUGACACAACAUACCUUGAGGGUAUGCAACGUUCGUGGUGGGUAUUCCUUCCCAUGCUGUACAUUUAGACAUUACACCAUAGGGAUCAUUGUAAAUUAUCAACAUUUACACAAGCGCACAAACCAUACAAUACGGGCAAUGGUGUCAAGAUGAAUGUACCUCUGUCUGACAGCACGAGGAUGAGAGAGAAAGAGCAUACGCUUUGGAAAUGUCGAUAGUGUUGAAUGAUCCCGUAGCAUGCGUCGCUAAAGUCCUGUCGCGAGUAAAUAGCUUUUCAAGUCUGUCGAAUGCUCGCUCUCCUGUGAUGCAUUUGUCAAGUAUUAGCGUUGCCACCGCAUUAACACUGCAGGACUUUCCUCGGUGCCUUUAGAGCUUUCGUUUAGACUUUGGAUUAAAGUAACAGAUUCUAUGCAAAAGGUAAAUUCUAAAUGUGCGUGUUUGUUUCAUAGCAGAUGUGUGCCGUGUACUAUAUUUGGUUUUGUAAAUAAUGUAUAUCUGUAAUAUCCUAUGUGUAAUGCACAGUUACGUUGGCGUUUAUCAUUGUAUUGACAUCUUAAUUGACCCACAAUGCUUUGUGUAAUAUAUUUUGUAAUUUGUUUAAGCGUCAUUGUACAUUGCAUAUAUAUGUUUGUCUUGUAACCCUACACCUGGCCAUUUCUACCGAAUGUAUUUUGAAAUGGGCUUUUAAUGACUCGGUGUAUGCUUGUCUGAAUGAAAGGUGUACAUUGCUGGGUGAUUAAAUGACGUGGCUUUGC